CUAAGUGAGAUUAUGGAAAUGUGAAUUAUGUAACUUUCUAAACAAAUUACCGACACGACCUAGUCAAUUCAACAAAUAUGGUAUAGAAAUCAACUCAAUAUAAUUAUAAUGAAUGAUGAAAGAAAUUUCCGAUCGCUAUACUAUGAGAAGGUUGGCUGCAAGAGUGUGGAAGAGAAGAGAUCUCUGGAAAUGUUGUUCAAAGAUAAAACAUUGGACAAGAACAAAAUAAGUCAGUUUUGCUCAAGAUUUACUGUGCCAUUUGUGUAUAGAAGCUAUGUAUGGAAAUUUCUCCUGGGUGUCAUCCCUGCCCAUAAGAGUUGCCAAGAAUUUGUUAUGAAAGAAAGAACAAGCCAGUAUCAUGAUCUCUUCCGCUGCCUUCAGACACUCAAUAUUGUUACUGAUGGCUCACCUAAAGAACAAAUCGUUUUGCAAAUGUGGCUCUUAGAGAAGUUCAAUUUGAUGUUUGAUAGGGAAGCACAGCUUAAUCAGGAGUUCCACCAACACUUGCUUGCAAUCACCCGAACCCUUAUUAGCGUAUUUGAAAGUGAUGUUGACGUUUAUUGGAUAGCCAAAGGAUUUUAUGAGUACCUGAAAACAUGGUAUAGUAAUAUACCUUUUUUGAUUGAAACGACAAAAAGCGUUCUUAAAAGGGAAGACACAACACUGUACAGCCAUUUAACAGAGAAAAACUUGCUUAACAAGAUACCGAUGGACAGGUGGUUUGGAAGGUGCUUUGCUGGUGUGCUUCAUGAUACUUCGUUGAUAAGAGUGUGGGACAAAAUCAUCGGAGGAUCCUACAGAGUCAUGAUCUUCGUGUGUUCUGUUUUGUUGACAACAAUGCGCAGAGUUCUGCUUACGUGUGCUAACAUCACAGACAUCCUAUCUUGUGUUCAGUCUCUGACAAAUGAAACAGCUGAUGUGAUUGUGAACAAGAGCUUGGAGAUGUGGCAAAACCACGGAAGAUCAGUCAUGCCUUCUCCUGUCAAAGAACUACGGAACUCCGCUGCGGUUCAUCCUACCAGAAAACCACUCUACCAUUUGUAGACAGUCUGCAGCAUCAUCGUUCACACACAUUCAAGUGAAUAUAGAUUGAAUUUUGUUUGGAGCUCAACUGUGAGUAAAUUACGCUAAACAGCUGAUUAAUAUGCCACAUAAGCCUACUUUCAAAAGCAUUGUCUACUAAGAUUAAAUAUUUAUUCCUAAAUUAAAUAUUUAUUCCAAUAAGGCUAUUCUUAAGCGAGAAUCGCAACUAACUUUUCAAUUUGCUACUGUAACGCUCUAUAAAUUAGUUGUUAUGUCUUGUUUCAAAAAAUGUAUUUUUAAGAUGUUGUCUGUAAAUCAGCUUUAAGUACAAUGGAGGCAGUGAAAUUGUAAGAUUUUAAAGACAAUAAAUUAUAUAAAAUUGUUUAUGUUAAAUAGAUUUUCAAAUAGGAUUCCUGGGUUCUUGAAGUUUAUAUUAUGUUGAAGUUCACAUUGGCAAAAGCAUUUUAAAUAACCCAGUAGUAGUUGGUUAUUUAACACAUAUUAAUGAAAUUUGAAGUGGAUAUCCAUGGGCCAAUUAAUUUGUAGCUUGCUAAGAUUUUUCACUUUUUGAAAUAUUUACGUCUUUCAAAUUUAUAUUGGUUUUCACUUAAAAUUUACUGACCAUCUCAAUUUCAUCAAGGUCAAUUUAUUAUAAAAAUUUUAAGUUUCAUCCUUUACAUUAGGUAGUGGCCCUCUAGAAUAUUACUUACAAAACAAUCGUAUGUGUUGAUUAUGAACAAUAUUGUUAACCAUUUUUUCCUAUGAUCCUUUGAAAUCUUGCCUUUUUACUGCCUUGCCAUGAUGUAUGUAGCCUAUAGUAAUUUUAUAUUCAACUAAACAAUUAGAUUAAGAGCAUAAAUAAUUCAUACAGAGAAUUAUUUUUCAAAAUAUGAAAUUAUAAUUGAAAGUUAUUUAGUUGUAAAGUGUAGUACAAUAUUAACUGGUCCUAUUUGUUAAGUUUUUGCCUGUCGUGUCAGGCAGUUUUGUGCUGGCAAUGCUACUGUCAGUUACAUCAUUUUAUUACAUUUCAAAUAUUUAAUUAGUUUGAUACUCAUUGUAAAACAAUGAAAAUUUUUUAAACAUUUGAUAUCCAAAAUGUUAACCUAACUUAUAAAUAACUCAUGUAAGCUAAUAAAUUAACAUGUUAUUUACAUUGGUUUUGCUUUAUUUUAGUGUAUUUGUGUACACUGAUUCUGAUUGAUUUUAGUGUAGCCUAUUUGUGUACAGUAGACCCCCUCUUAACCGACCCUAAUGGGACCGGACCUAGGUCGGAUGAUUCAAAAGGUGGGAUAAAACGGGCAAUCCCUAAAAUCAUAACAUAAUAAAGUGCUAUUCAUUUGGAAUUAUAUAAUCAUUAUUUUGAAGUCAUAUUUGCAUUAUUUAUAAAAUAAACUACUCUUAUCUCCUUUUUCAUAUUGAUAGAAAUGUCACAAAUAAACACAAAACACGGUUAAGUCAAAUAGGCCUACUUUCAGUUAAUAUAUUAUAAUACUAGGCAAGAGUCAAUAAAAUUCCUAUUUCAAUAACUUUACUACUGCAAUGUAUUAAUUAAUGCUUUCCAAAUACAUCGUAAUACAGUAAAGAACCUUUUGUCGUCAUUAAAGAUACAAGCGACCAUUUUGUUAAAAGACAGGACGUUUAUUUAUAGCCUCUCACUGGAGGCUCGAGGCACAAAAACUAUCUUGACCUUGGAGUUGUUAACACCCCUUCCCUGCCCUCCCUACAAGUUGCGUUGUUUGUUUACUCCAGCGAUAAGAUAAUCAGUUCUCAAAAUCGUAACGCACUUUAUGAUGUUAUAAAUUUGCCGCACAGAUAACAAAUCAGAUCAGAUGUGCUCGAGCUAAACGAUGAUGACAAACUGACAAUAGGCUAUGCUAUAUUUGUUGUGAUCUUCACAAGAUAACUUAUUGUUAGUCAUAUCCUGUGGAGAUAAGCGUAUGGUUCAGUUCUCAUCGCCCAGCGAGGGAGCGGAAAUGCCGAGAUUCCUAGAAAGCGGCGGUUAAACCGAGCUGCUCUCAAAGCAAGGUCGGUUAACACAAACUGUAUUAUUUUACGAUCAAAGGCGGAUAAUCCGAUUAUCGGUUAAUACGAGGUCGGUUAAGAGGGGGUCUACUGUACCAAAAAAAAAUUACUAAUAAAUCUCUUGCGUUCUCUCACAGUUGAUUGAGUAUGAUUAAGGAAGGUUUAAAUCUUCCUUGUGUAAGUUUAAACGGUCUCAGGAACUAAGAUCUUUCAUAGGGUCUCUAAUUUCAUAAGAUUUGAAAAUAUAUGUGUUAUCUGUGAUUCCAUCUUUUCCCCUGAAUUACUUCAAGGCGUAAUGUUUUUGAUUUAGGUAAUUAGUAUGUUAUUGAAGUAAAAACAAAAUUAGGCAAAUCUUGUGAAUUAGGUAAGUCUUUUAUCUUUCCGUUUGUGAAAUAACUCCUGUAGUAAAAUUGUUGUUAGCCCUUAGUUACUAUCAUGGUAAAAAAUUACACCAUUUUUAUCUGAUGUCUGUCAGACGUCUAUUUUUUCAACUUUUGUUUCAACCUAUAAUUAUUGUUCCACGAGUCUGGGUGUUAUCUCGACCGUUUCUUUAGUCCUAUAAUGAUGAUUAUUUUUAAAUACGUAAAUACCUUCAAACUCAUGCACUGUCAAACACAUUUUUA